AUGGCUAAAGCAUCUAAAGUUGACAAGAAAUUGUCUAAGAAGAAAGAAGAAAAACCUGCUAAGAAGGUUGAAGAAGAAAGUUCAAGUGAAGAAAGCAGUUCUGACGAUAGUUCUAGUGAAGAAAGCAGUUCUGACGAUGAUUCCAGUGACGACAGUUCAAGCAGCUCCAGUGAUGAAGGUUCUGAUAGCGACAGCAGUGAUGAAGAAGAAGUAGAAAAGAAAGAGAGUUCUAGUGAUGAAAGCGAUGAUGAAGACAAGAAGGAAGAGAGCUCAUCUGGUUCUGACGAAGAAGAAAAGAAGGAAGAAAAGUCUUCUAGUUCUGACAGCGAGGAUUCCAGUUCUUCCGAUAGUUCUAGCUCAGAGAGUGACAGCGAUAGCGACUCCGAUUCUGACUCCGACUCAGAAGAAGAACCUUCUAAGAAACGUAAAGCUGAAGAAUCCAAAGAAGAAGAGUCUGCUCCAGUCAAGAAAUCCAAACCAGCUGCUAGCACUGAAGAACCAGCUACGUUAUUUGUUGGUAGAUUAUCAUGGAACAUUGAUGAUGCUUGGUUAAAGAGAGAAUUUGAACACAUUGGUGGUGUUAUUGGUGCUAGAGUCAUUAUGGAAAGAGCCACUGGUAAGUCUAGAGGUUAUGGUUAUGUUGAUUUCGAAAGCAAAUCAGCCGCUGAAAAAGCUCUCGAAGAAAUGCAAGGUAAGGAAAUUGAUGGCAGACCAAUCAACUUGGAUAUGUCUACUGGUAAACCACAUGCAUCUAAAUCCAAUAACGAUAGAGCUAAACAGUAUGGUGACAGUCAAUCUCCUCCAAGUGACACCUUAUUCAUUGGUAAUCUUUCCUUCAAUGCUAACAGAGACAAUUUGUUUAAUGUUUUUGGUGAAUAUGGUAAUGUUAUUUCAUGCAGAGUUCCAACUCACCCAGACACUCAACAACCAAAAGGGUUCGGGUACGUUCAAUUCUCCAGUGUUGAUGAAGCCAAGGCUGCCUUAGAAGCGAUGAACGGGGAAUACAUUGAAGGUCGUCCAUGUAGAUUAGACUUUUCAACUCCAAGAGAUAACACCAACAACAACAACAACAAUAAUAGAAGAGGUGGUUUUGGUGGUGGUUUUGGCGGUCGUGAAAGAUCAGCUACUCCAAGAUCCGGUAACAGCACCCCAAGACCAAAUAAGUCAACUGAAUUCAAAGGUACUAAGAAGACCUUUGAUUAA